CGAGACCAUAUGUCCAACUUGUUUUCACCGCUGGGUCCGGAUCCUUUGAGAUCCAUUACAUAAUUAAAACAAGCAAAGGGAGCAAAUCCGGAUUUGGAGCCCCGGAAUGUCCGGAUUCCGGAUCAAACUUUUUUUAUGCACUAAUCCGAGGAGAGAGCAAACCAAGAGGGAAACAAUAAACAUCACUGUCCGAAUCCGGACAAAGCUCUUUUCAGCUCUCAUGCUGCAUUGUUUUUGUUUUUGUUACACUAUAUAAAUAUAUAUAUAUAUAUAUAUAUAUCGACUCUGAAUUCUGGAACAUUUUAAGUCAUUUCAAAAAUCUAAGCUCUCGCAUUCCCAUAGCCAACAAAAAGAAAUUAAAAACACAGCUCAAGCUCAACCGAUUUCAACAUGUCUGUAAAGCUGCUAUGGCUUGUACCUUCCCGAUCAGACCUCUCCAAUAGUUUGGGGUUCAUUCAUUCAUCCCGAGAUGGAAACCGGUCCUUAGGCUCCUCCAAGUUUUUAUUCCUAGAUAGGAAUUUGUUGUUCAAGUACAGUGCAAAUAAGGGUAAGAAACAGAAAUGGAACUCUUAUUCUUUAAGGACAGAUCUGAGGUAUCCAUGCAUAGGUAGUUCUCGUUCAGUAAACUUAAGCUCAAGCUCGGUCCCUCUUGUAUCAUGCAUCGUGGCAACUAGCUCAGCAGGAGAAAUGACUGUCUCCUCAGAGGAGAAGGUUUACAAUGUUGUAUUGAAGCAGGCAGCUUUGGUUAAGAGGCAGUUGAGACCUAGUGGGGAUCUUGACGUGAAACCGGAUAAUGUUGUCCCUGGUACUUUGAGCUUGUUGACUGAAGCUUAUGACCGUUGUGGAGAAGUUUGUGCCCAGUAUGCAAAGACUUUCUAUUUGGGAACUUUGCUGAUGACCCCCGAAAGGCGGAGGGCUAUUUGGGCAAUCUAUGUGUGGUGUAGGAGGACAGAUGAGCUUGUUGAUGGGCCAAAUGCAUCGCAGAUAACUGCAACUGCUUUAGAUAGGUGGGAAGCAAGGUUGGAGGAUGUAUUCAGAGGUCAUCCAUUUGAGAUGCUUGAUGCUUCUUUAUCAGAUACGGUUGCUAAAUUUCCCAUUGACAUUCAGCCUUUCAAAGACAUGAUCGAAGGAAUGAAGAUGGACCUUAGGAAGUCAAGAUACAAAAAUUUUGAUGAGCUAUAUCUCUAUUGUUAUUAUGUUGCUGGCACUGUUGGGUUGAUGAGUGUUCCUAUUAUGGGCAUUGCACCUGAAUCUCGAGCUACCACAGAGAGUGUCUAUAAUGCUGCACUGGCUUUCGGGAUUGCAAAUCAGCUUACCAACAUACUUAGGGAUGUUGGAGAGGAUGCACAAAGGGGAAGGAUUUAUCUACCGCAGGAUGAAUUAGCACAGGCUGGACUAUCAGAUGAGGACAUUUUUGCUGGAAAGGUUACAGAUAAGUGGAGAAACUUCAUGAAGAAGCAAAUAAAGAGGGCAAGGAUGUUCUUUGAUGAAGCAGAAAAGGGAGUGGCAGAGCUGAGUGCAUCUAGUAGAUGGCCGGUUUGGACAUCAUUGCUGUUGUAUCGCCAAAUACUAGAUGAGAUAGAGGCCAAUGAUUAUAACAACCUCACAAAGAGAGCUUAUGUGAGCAAAGCAAAGAAACUAGUUGCCCUGCCAGUUGCAUUUGCAAAAUCCCUCCUUGGCCCAACAGGAACUUCCUCUUUUCUGGGUAAGGCAUAA